AUGGGUUUGACGAUGCUGCCGUCUCGGGGAGUGUUGGUGGCUGCCAUCGGGUUGGUGUGUGCGUCCUUGCUUCUAGGGCGCUGCCUGGCCGGAGAUCCGGUCGUCUACUUCGAUUGGGAUGUCUCCUACAUUUCCGUCGCCCCGCUGGGCGUCAAGCAAGAGGUGCGGACAUUGCUCAUUCGCAAGUCUCUUUAUGAUCCAUCCGCAUUUCAGUUCUAAUACCCGCAUUACUCAUACUGUCAUUGUCCAUUCAGUCAUGUCACUUGUAGAUAUCCUCCAGGUUUUUGUUAAUUACUUCGUCUCUGCUUUUUGUUUCAUUAUCUUUCUUCCGUCGUCGGUCUUGUGCUCGUGGCCUUCUCAACAAGAAGCAUCGUUGUUUAUUAUAGCUGAACAUUUCUUUCGUUUUCGAUCUGUUUUCUGUGGGCUCGACUGUUGUAAUGAGCUUAUUUAUUUAUAUACAACGACGGAGUGCUCAUUACCCCACACAUUCUCUUUAAUCUCUUUCAAUAGCUAGGAAACGGGUUGUGAUUUCCAUCUCUUCGUAUCUAUUUCCAAGUCUAGUUGACCACGCGGCUGUUAAGAUUUGUCUCCCGUUCCGUCCCCUUUUUCUUCUGGCCGUAAAUACAACGUUUUCCCCAUAGAAUGGGGGGAGAAGGUUCAUUGAUUUCUUCUUUCACCCGACCAUUUUGCUUUGUCGUCGCUGCCUCACAAAAUGUCUCGGCGGCGUACAGGUGAUAGCAAUCAAUGGUCAAUUUCCGGGGCCCAUUGUCAACGUCACUACCAACUACAAUCUUAUUGUAAACGUGCAGAAUGAUCUCGAUGAACCCCUGCUCAUAACCUGGUAUGGGCCUAUUUAGAUUUCAUACUGUUUUGCUGCAAUCUCGUGGCAGUGCACGCUUUCCAGUUUGGUUAAUCGUUAUUUCCCCUUUCGUAGGGAUGGGAUUCAGCAUCGGAAGAACUCUUGGCAGGAUGGUGUUCUGGGAACGAAUUGCCCCAUUCCUUCGGGCUGGAACUGGACUUACCAGUUCCAGGUGAAGGAUCAGAUUGGGAGCUUCUUCUACUUCCCUUCAAUCAACCUCCAAAGAGCAGCCGGUGGAUAUGGUGGGAUUAUAGUGAAUAAUAGGGCGGUCAUUGCUGUGCCCUUUGGAAAGCCAGAUGGGGACAUCACCAUCUUCAUUGGGGACUGGUACAAUAGAAACCACAAGGUUAGCAUUGCAUUCUCUCCUUUCUGAUGGUGUUGAUCUGUGGAGUGCUCAACGAGAAAUUAAUCGUUUUUGAACUGUGCUGUGGCAUAGGACUUGAGAAAGGAUCUUGACGAUGGGAAGAGCCUUGGUAUGCCAGACGGUGUUCUGAUAAAUGGAAAGGGGCCUUACCGGUACAACACGACACUGGUUCCAGAUGGUAUUUCGUAUGAAACCCUUAAUGUCCACCCAGGUAAUUCUUAAUUUUCAUGACUUUAAAUUAGAUUUUUCGUAGGAUUUUCGUUUUUUCUGAAGACUGCAAUGAAUUCACCUAAUCUGAUAUGGGUUUGAGGGCUGCCUCCUUCUGAGGAAAUUGCCUGCUCCAAUUAUUGCUGUGUGCAUAUAAACUGUACCAUAGUAGUAAAAAAAAUCUAAUUCAUUGAUAGCUACGUCAUUACCGGAAGUUUAGUGAUUUUAAAAUGCAUUAACUAGGGUGAUCGAUGUCAAAAAUCAUAAUACAGGGCAUUGUGUGUGUGUAUAUUUCUGUUACCUACAAUUCAUAAUACAGGGCCUUUGUUUAUUUCUCUUCGAAAUCUUGUUGCAUUUCUUUGUUACUAUUGCUUAGAACUGAGGACGUGCUAUCAUUAAAACAGGCAAGACUUACCGCAUUCGUGUACACAAUGUUGGUAUUUCUACAAGUUUGAACUUCAGAAUUCAGAACCAUAACAUGCUGCUUGUGGAAACGGAAGGAUCAUAUACCGUGCAACAAAACUACACCAACUUAGAUAUUCAUGUUGGCCAGUCAUACUCUUUCUUGGUCACGAUGGAUCAGAAUGCAAGUAGUGAUUAUUAUGUAGUGGCCAGUGCGAGAUUUGUGAACGAGUCACUGUGGCAAAGGGUGACGGGUGUUGCUGUUCUGCACUAUUCCAACUCAAAAGGCAAAGCAUCCGGGGCCCUUCCGGAUCCUCCUAAUGAUUUGUUUGACAAGACAUUCUCCAUGAAUCAGGCCAGGACUAUCAGGUAAGUGGAGCAAUCUUUCAACUGUUUACUAAGAGGAAUUUUUGUACGGUUAAUUACGACCGAAGUUUUAUAAUGUGGUUCAAUUCCUUUACCAUGCUCUAAGUAGGUGCUGUCAAAUUAACAUCAGACUUUAGUACCUCAUGUGCUUUAUGUGGCUCUUUACUUACCACUCAUUUCUCAGCUAAUCCUUCUAAGAUUUUUUUUAUUCUGUCACCCAAUUUCCUUGGCAUCUUUAAAUUUUAAUUUAUGUGGAUCUUUUUAUGCUCUAAAUGAUGUGCUUUCAAAUAUCAUCGGAUCACACAGUUCCUGAUGUGUUUUAUGUGGUCUCCUAUCUUACCCAACCAUCAUCACCUAAUUGAACGCAGUAUGUAUGGUGUCCCUUAUGAGUUUAUAUCUUGACUCUCAUCGUUUAAGUUGGGAAUGUUACAGGAACUUUAAUGCCCCGUUCUUGGUGGAUUUGUCAGGUGGAAUGUGAGUGCUGGCGCUGCCCGUCCUAACCCGCAGGGUUCCUUUAAAUACGGACAAAUUACUGUGACCCAAGUUUACCUUCUGAAGAACAAGCCGCCAGUGGUUAUCAACGGAAAGCAUCGGACUACAUUGAACGGAAUCUCAUACGCUCCCCCUACAACACCGAUAAGACUGGCUGACCAAUUUGAUGAGUCGGGUGUUUACACACUCGACUUCCCCACGAAGCCACUGGAUGGACCCCCUCGCAUUGCAUCAUCCGUGAUCAAUGGCACCUACAGGGGGUUCAUGGAGAUAAUAUUUCAGAACAACGACACCAAAGUCAUGACUUAUCACUUCGAUGGAUAUGCAUUUUUCGUUGUUGGGUAAUUGUUAUCUACUUUUCUUGCUGCCGAAUUCAUUUUUCAUCAGCAUUUUGUGCUGUUAUUUUCCGACUGUUCAAGGAAUCGCCAUUCGCAGGAUGGAUUAUGGGGAGUGGACGGAGUCCAGUCGGGGCACCUAUAACAAGUGGGAUGGUGUCGCGCGAUGCACAACUCAGGUACAUGCAUGAAUGAGUUCCUGUUCUUCUGGGUGGUUUCCUCCUCCUUUUUCGUCCUCUGUUCCUGCGCUGUCUUAUUGAUGGGAACUGCCAGAAUAAUCUAGUUUCCGAACUCUGCUUUCUACAUUCGGAUUAUUUGUUACACGGUCAAUCAAACUUCUCUCAACAUCGUUUCAUUAAUCUGGGUCUAGCAUAGAUCGUGCCUAUACAGUCAUUGUUCCUGGGUUUGACUUUACAAGGAUGAUUCAUACGUGUCUCUGAGUCAACCUAUGAUCAGACAUUCUAACGGGAAUGCCCAUGUUUUCUCACCAAGAAAAAAAAAAAACCUUAUGUCAAUCUAUUCCCAUGAAAGCCCAUGUUUUUUCAUUUUAUUUCUUCUCCAUUAACUGAUCUUCAUCGGAGAUUCGUAGUUUCAUGAUCAAUCUCCCCCAUCUCGUAGGUCUACCCGGGGGCCUGGACUGCGAUUUUGGUAUCCCUCGACAACGUCGGCGUUUGGAAUCUCCGCGCAGAAAAUCUCGAUGCUUGGUAUCUCGGGCAGGAGACCUACGUGAACGUCGUCAACCCUGAGCAGACCAACAAAACCGAACUGGCUCCUCCAGAUAACGUCCUCUACUGCGGACGCCUUCAGUCUAAGCAAAGGUACAUCUCGUCAAAAUAUUUAUGUAUAAAGGAAGCAUAUCAAGAUCUGACCAUCAACCUUAUUAUAAUCUGCAGGCCGCAGGCUAUUCAUCACAAAGCGUCAUCCGCUUCGAGACCCCUCGGAAGCAAGAUGGUCGUUGACUUACUUCUGCUCUUCGCCGCCGCCGCCAUCUUCUUGUGA